CCAAGCCUGAGCCUGAGUCAGUUCUCCAUCAUGCAGGCUACCGAGGAUGAAAUUCAAAUUGUUCUGGAGAUAGACAGUUUCCCACUGAUGGAGGUUGGACACUUACAGGCCACAGAGAACUGGGACUUUAUCCUCGUGUCUGAUCUUCAGAAGACAAACCCAAACCGGGACCAGCGUCGACAGAGAUUCCUGGCCGAACUCAAAAAGGAAGGUUUUUCCAUCAAGGAAAUAGAAGACAGAAAAAGGCUGUUCUUUGGCAUCAGAGCUCACAGCAGCAUCUUCACCCAGUACACAGACUUGCUAAAGGAUGUCAGCUACUCCGCCCCCCCUGCCCUGUCCUCUGGGCCUGUGCUUACCACCACUGCUCGAAUUCGCAUAGUCAACUUCAUCCUGAGGAAGAAGGAGGUCAAUGGUGAGAAGUUUGAUGAUCUGCUGAAGGACCAUGUGUUCGAGACCAAAUUUCCCCUCCAUGAGAGGGAAGAAUUUCUGCAGAGUAACUGGGCCCGCUGGAGAGACAUCUUCUACAGACAACCCAUUGACAAGAUUAGAAACUACUUUGGGGAGAAGGUGGCCUUGUACUUUGCUUGGCUGGGCUGGUAUACUGUAAUGCUGGUGCCCGCUGCUGGCGCUGGGCUUGUCGUCUUCCUCAGUGGCUUCUCCCUCUUUGACGCCAGCCAGAUCAGCAAAGAGAUCUGUGAGGCCAGCGAGACCAUCAUGUGCCCGCUCCAAGACCAUCAGCGCAAAUACUGGAGACUGUCAGAGACCUGCACCUUUGCCAAGCUCACACACCUCUUUGACAACGAGGGCACGGUGUUCUUCGCCAUCUUCAUGGCGCUCUGGGCCACGGUGUUUCUGGAGUUCUGGAAGCGGGAACACGCGCGUACCGCCUCUCACUGGAACCUCUACGGGUGGGACGAGGACCAGGAGGAGCUGGCCUUGGAGCUGAUCAACAACCCCACCUACCAACUGCAGAAACACCAACACUCCUACCUGCACAGCAGUGCCAUCCUCAUCUUCUCCCUGGUCAUGAUCUGCUUGUUGAUUGGCAUGGCCCACGUCCUGGUUGUCUAUCGGGUCAUGGCUACCUUCCUGUUCAGUCACUCGGCCUUGCCCUUCCUGGAGCAGCAGCUGACCACGGCGGUGGUAGUUACUGGAGCCCUGGUGCAUUACAUAACCAUUGUGGUCAUGACCAAGGUGAACAGGAGAGUGGCUUUGAAACUUUGUGACUUUGAGAAACCUCGGACGUUCUCAGAGCGAGAGAGCAAUUUCACUGUCAAAUUCUUCACGUUCCAGUUCUUUGCCCAUUUCUCCUCCCUUGUCUAUACCGCCUUCUUCCUGGGCAGGAUAAAUGGACACCCAGGAAACCAGGUCCGAAUUGGUGGUCAAUGGAGGCUGGAAGAGUGCCACCCCAGUGGCUGCAUGAUGGACUUGUUUGUGCAAAUGGCUAUCAUCAUGGGCCUGAAACAGACCCUCAGCAACUGUGUGGAGUACCUGAGCCCGUGGCUGACUUACCGCAUUCGGAAGCUAAGAGAGUCAUCCAAGGGAAGGAGGCUGCAUGAUCCGAGCCUGGAAGAAUGGCUAAAAAACUAUUCCCUGAAUGAAGUGAAUGUUUUCAGCCUGUUUGAUGAGUUCAUGGAGAUGAUGAUUCAGUACGGCUUCACCACCAUCUUUGUGGCUGCCUUUCCCUUGGCUCCUCUCUUGGCCCUCUUCAGCAACCUCAUCGAGAUCCGUCUGGAUGCCAUCAAGAUGGUGCGCCUGCAGCGACGCCUGGUGCCUCGGAAGGCAAAGGACAUCGGGACCUGGCUGCAGGUGCUUGAGGCCAUCGGUGUGCUGGCAGUCAUUGCCAAUGGGAUGGUCAUCGCGUUCACGUCUGAAUUCAUUCCCCGGCUUGUGUACAAGUACCACUAUGGGCCAUGCAGCUGGGGAAGCAACAGCACAGCUGACUGUCUGACUGGCUAUGUCAAUCAUAGCCUUUCCGUUUUCCAUACCAAGGACUACAAGGACCAAGUUCCAAGCCAAGAAAUAGAGAGUGUGACUGAAUGCAGGUACCGGGAUUACAGGAACACGGUGGAUUACAACUAUUCACCUGAGUUCUGGUUCCUCCUGGCCUGUAGGCUGGUCUUUGUCAUUCUCUUUGAGCAUGUGGCAUUGUGUGGUAAGCUGAUCGCUGCCUGGUUUGUCCCAGACGUUCCCCAGUCUGUGAAAAACAAAGUCCUAGAGGAAAAAUUUGAGAAUCUGCGUCAGAAACUGUGCCUCAGCUCUAGGGUUACUGAUGUGUAGGGAGACUGGAUAAAGGAUUAGAAGAACCUGAGGCUGCCUGAAUGAGCCUCUGUCUAGCCUAGAUGCUGUAGACCUCUGAGCUUCCAGGGCUUCUGGGAUCUCUCUGUCCUUGGGGCACUGGGAGAUGGGGCAGCAGAAUUGGAGAGGUGAUCCAUCAGUAUAUCUGUCCAGCCUUCCUUUGUGAACAAGCCCUCAGCUCCUCACCCUGGUCCCUGGACAGCUGGACCUUGGAUU